AUGUGUAUCAACAGCUGCCUCGCAUUCACAGGGCCCUUCGAAAAUGACGAAGUGUGUCAUUAUUGUGAUGAGCCACAUUACGACAUGAAGAUUCUCCAUGCAAGUCACGGCAAGAAGAAGGUCGCUCGCCAAGAUUUCUAUACCAUCCCCCUCGGGCCCCAGCUCCAGGCUCUUUCAUGCUCUACUAAGGGCACCAUGAAUAUUCGGCAUGGUCACACACAACUUCGCACGAUAAUUGACGGGUUAAAGUCCACUAAUGGAGUGCUCGAGGAGUGGAGUGACAUAUACCAUGGUGAGCAGAUCAUCCAAGCCGUCAAACGCGGUGAAAUACAGGAACGUGACAUGAUUCUGAUGUUUUCGAUUGACGGUGCACAACUCUAUCGCUACAAGGCAUCAGACACCUGGAUAUAUAUCUGGGUGCUCUUUGAUUUGCCCCCAGAGUUGCGAUAUAAGAAGAAACAUGUUCUUUCCGGCGGCUUCAUUCCAGGCCCCAACAAACCAAAAAAUCUCGAUUCCUUUCUAUUUCCGGGUCUUCAUCAUGCUCAGACACUCAUGAAGCAUGGGUUUCACUUCUGGGAUGCCCUUGAUGGCAAGCUGUAUGAUUGCCGACCAUUUGUA